AUGUUCGGGGCCAUCAAGGACAUUUCCGUCUCCAACAUUCAUUCAUCUGAGAGCGAUAAAACCAAAGAUUUCCUGAGCAAAGAUCUGGCUUCAAUAUUUGUUGCCUGGGAUGCAGAGGAGCGCCGAAGCAAACCUGAUUUAAUCCCAAGCAGCUCAGCUGACAAACUUGUGUUGGAGGAUGUUACGAGAACUUCGGGGAUAAGCUCAAAAGGAAAAUCUUUGGCAAAAUGUAAAAAAUCAAAUCCGACUUCCUAUAGUGGGGAUUACCAUUUAGACUGGCAACCGACACCAUCAAGCUUCCAGAUCGAAGACGAAUCAUGGGAGAAGUUUUCAGAGUCCGAGCAUGAAAACUGUUGGGAUGUAAUUGAACAGCAGCCACAGCACAUUGGUGAACAGCAGCCACAGCACAUUGGUGAACAGGGCGAGACAAGAAGUUACGGCAGCAAAACUGGACGUGCUGGGAGCACUACUGAGUCAAGGGAG